GGCUCUGCGCCACCCCGGAACCUCCCCACGGAGUCACCGAGCUGGACGAGAUCGGCACUGAGGCUCUGCCCCGACGAACACCCGCUCCCGCCUGGCUCCCCACUGCCAAAGGUGAGGAGGGGGACUUCUGCCUGCGCUCGUCGGACUGCGCGGCUGGGCUGUGCUGCGCCCGUCACUUCUGGUCCAAAAUCUGCAAGCCGGUGCUGCGGGAAGGGCAGGUGUGUACCCGGCACCGGCGGAAAGGCACCCAUGGCCUGGAGAUCUUCCAGCGGUGCCAGUGCGCCGAGGGGCUGGCAUGCCGCCUCCAGCGAGAGCACGGCCCCACCGACGCCACACCUGCCAGCGGCACUGAGUGUGGCCGGACGGAUAGGACGGACUCUGGCCCUGCCGGAGUGGAAG